UACAAUGGCUGAUAGGCGACUUCAGGAAUUUUACAAAGAAAUAAGUGAGGAUUUAUCAAGAUGCGUUAAUUUUUGGCUUAAACAUUCCCAUGAUACGGAAUAUGGGGGCUUCUUCGACUGCCUAGGUCCCCGGGGCGAGGUGUAUGACGACACAAAACACGUGUGGCUACAAGGAAGACAGGUUUGGGCAUACGCCAGACUUUAUAAUGAAGAAGAGCAAUACAGAAGAAAAGACAUCUUGGAAACGGCUGAGAAAGCUGCUGCAUUCUUAAAAAAGUUCGCAAAACAUCCAAAAACAUGGAAGUGUUAUUUGGCUUUGACCCGGGACGGUCGACCAAUCAAAAUGCAGCGAACUAUUUUCUCCGAGUGUUUCUACGCAAUGGCAUUCUCAGAACUAGCUAUAAGCACUGGACAUGAUGAAUAUAGGGUGGAGGCCUUGUCAAUGAUGGACAAAAUCAUUUACUGGGUACGUGAAGAUCCUACUGACCUCCUGUUCGGCUAUCCCCCGAUGGCUGGCGAACCGGAAGUGAACCCACUGAAUGUUCCAAUGAUGAUUCUUUGCCUCGUUGACCAGAUGGAAACCAUGGAUACUGAGUUAUCAGAGCGAUACGCAGAGAUUGCCGAGUGGAGCGUCAAUCAGAUCCGUGCUCAUAUACAGCGGAACGGUACAGUGAUUCUCGAGAACGUUGACCAAGAGGGCAGAGAGCUUCCAGGAUCUUCGGGCAGAGUGAUGGUUCCUGGUCAUUCAAUAGAAGCCGGUUGGUUCCUCCUUAACUACGCCAUAAAGAACGGUCGACCUGAACUUGCUGACACUGCCAUUAACAAGUUUAUGAUUAAACCGUUUGAGUACGGCUGGGAUAAAGAGCACGGAGGGCUGUUCUACUUUCUCGAUGCUGAUGGGUUAAGCCCAGUGCAGCUGGAGUGGAACAUGAAGCUUUGGUGGACUCACAAUGAGGCUAUGAUCGCCUUCCUUAUGGCGUAUCAGCAUACGGGAAGGCUGGAGAUACUUAAGAAGUUUGAACAGGUGUUUGACUACGUGUACGCAAAGCACGUGGACCGGAAGUACGGAGAGUGGUUCGGCUAUCUGAACAGGGACGGGACUGUCUGCAUGGAUUUUAAGGGCGGUCCGUGGAAAGGCUGUUUUCACGUGCCACGGGCCCUGCUCAUGUGCAAGAAGAUGCUGCAGGAAAUCACAAACACAAAUUAGUAUCAAGCUUUUCUUCAUCAACUUUAG